AUGUCUCAACAUGGCAAGCUGCGCUUCAGCAUCGUUGACCUUUGGAACAAUGUGACGAAUAUCACCAACCAGAAUAUUCCUCACGAUAGCAGAUUAACAAUUGCCUCCUCAGGCUAUGCUUCCUUGACGAAAGAUACAUGCGAAGCCCUUGCAGGCUCUGGCAUGAGCAGAUAUGAAGGAUCAGCUAUUUGGACACGUGCGACCACAUGGAAAUUUCCCCUAUUUCAAGUCUUUGCAUUGUUUCCUCGGCCACCUUUGAAUCUAAAGACAGAGAUAUUUGUGAUUGUCCAUCUCUUAGGCGACCCAAUUGAUUCAGUGCAGAAUCUGCUGCUGAAAAUCUCAAGAUGCCAAUCUAAAGUUAGAGACUGGAAAACCGAGCUUGAACGCCUCAAUGUUGAUGUCGAUCCUCAUCGCGGGCAUGGCAUAGACGAACUGGCGCAGAGAAGGGAAGAGGAGCAGAUCAGGCAAUGUCGAUGGAAAAGUUUAGCUCUUGUGACUGACGCAUACGAUGAAUGGGGAGAGGCUGACCAUCAAAUCGUGGUCAUGAAGUCGCUGCUUGAUUCCUCUACCGAUAAAGCAUCAUUGCUGGAUACUGUUCGACACACGUCAGAUGCACUCGCUGCUGAUCGGGCAACGAAAUAUCUUCCAGCCAUCAUUGCAUUAGCAUCCUUUGUCGCCAUUAUUGGAGUCGCAAUGGCACGGACCGCAGCUGCUAUUGGCGGUCCAAGUUUCAACACCUCCCUUUUCAUCAGCGUCGAAAUGCAUAGCAUCACGUUCUCGUCGCUAUACUUCUGGAUCCUGCCAGCUCUAUUGUUUAGCUCUUUCAUCGGAGUCUCCCAAACCGAAGCCAGGAUACCACGCAUCUUAGAUCGAUUCCAUGACGAUCUUCAGAAGCACUUUUCCCAACCCACACCGCAUGCCAAUCUGCCGGAUAUCACUAGGCGAGUGAAUGAGCUGAGAGUAUUCACAGAACCAAGUACUGACCAUAGGAUGUUCCACGGCGGUAUAUAUUCUUGGCAGCCGUCAAUUGAGCAAUACUGCACUUUGCAAUCAUCCAAUACUGCGCAACGCCCUCAGGAUACUGAUACAUCACGACCAACUGACCCUCUCCUGAAUGACACGCCCAAUGUUCCAUCGCGUGGCAGGCAGGGGAAUUCGCAGAAUGGCAAUCCCCACCAGUCAAGAAAUGUGGUCACUCAUACCGCUUCAUCUAACAGAGACACCUCGCAUCAGACAGCUCAAAACAAUAGCUCGGCACAAGAGCCCACUCAUAUCGUUACAACGAAAGUGACGAGCAGGAUCUGGAAUUGGCUCAAAUGUCGCUUCCUCCCUGUACUCAUCGUUCUGAUCCCCACAAUCAGCGGUGCCGUGGUAUCCAGCCGUGUGCCACCUGACGGUUGGAACUGUCGCGUAAGUGGCGAAGUCGCAAUCUUCUUCGCCUGGUUCAUAAGUGCCGAACUCAAUCUUCUCAUCCAAUACUGCAUUCCCUUGAGGAACACCACCCAGAAGAAACUCUUCCGGGUCACAUUCUCCAAAGAUAUUUUCUUUACUCUGGGGACCAUUGCCUGGGUCUUCGCCACUCUCGUUGGUGCCAUGAAUCGCUGCGACUGCUGGAUCGACCAUGACGGCAGUUUGAUAUUACCACAACGAAAAGACAUCGACAGAAUCCUACAGCGCCGACUCAAUAGAGACUAUCCAGCUUGGAUCUUUUCUGGUGUGGCUGUGGAGCUGAUCGUCAUACCGUUAUGGGUCAAAUUCAGUCAUGGAGACGCGCUAAAAGUAUUUGUGCAACGGGACGAUGGUAGGUCGAAUGUUGAGUGGUUCUGGGACAUGCGGGAUUGGAUCAGACGACAUUUUAUGAGGACGAGGAUAAGGACGGAUAGCUGGUUCCACUUGAUGAGAACUACGCCACGCGAAACGUAA